AUGGUGCCUAGUCCUCUCAGUCUAUUCGAGAAAACAAAGGCUGAAGGUAGACCUUUAUAUGUCUCUGGUCCCAUGGUCCGAUACAGCAAAUUACCGUUCAGACUACUGGUCCAAGAUUACAAGGUUGACCUUACUUAUACACCCAUGAUUCUUGCACAUGAAUUCAUUCGUCAUCCCGUCGCACGUUCUUCUGACUUCAGUACACACGACAGUGAGGGACCAGUCAUCGCACAAUUCGCUUCGAGCGAUCCGGUGGAGUUUGCACGCGCUGCAGAGAUGAUUGGUCCUUGGGUCAACGGUGUUGACCUAAACUGCGGAUGUCCGCAGUCAUGGGCGAUGAAAGAGGGAAUUGGUUGCAGCAUGAUGGCACACCCAGAGAAGGUCGCUGCUAUAAUAAAAGAGGCCAAGCAAAGGAUCGGACCUGGUAAAACCGUGUCAUGCAAGAUCCGAAUUCACCAAGACUUGAACGAGACGAUCAGAUUCAUCAAGAUUGUCGAAGCAGCAGGUGUAGACUACAUCACAAUCCAUGGACGUUUACGCAAUCAGCGCUCAUCAACACCACCAAACUUCGAAGCCAUCAGAAUGUUGAGAGCGCAAACUACAUUACCCGUCCUCGCAAACGGAGAUGUGUAUUCACUAGAAGACGCCCACCGCAUCACAAAGGAGACUGGCGUUGACGGCGUCAUGGCCGCUCGAGGCUUGCUGGAGAAUCCUGCCUUGUUCGCAGGCUUCGACAAGACACCAAUCGAGGCUGUAUCCAAAUUCAUCCACUAUGCUGUUCAGGGAGGAAUGCGCCAUGAACUUGUGGUACACCAUUUGUCAGAAAUGAUGGGUGGUGUAACCACGAAAAGAGAAAGAGCGGGUCUCGCAGUCUGCAACGAUAUGGUCGAUGUUAUAGACUGGCUUGACGGUAGAUGCAAGCUGCAACGACCUCUCGUUUAG